GACGCCAUGUGUUUGCGGUCGGAGCUUGUGAGUGUGGGAGAAGCUACUUAAAUUAGCCAUCUUUUGCCUGCUCAACAUUUUCACGAGUAGUUUUUCCACUAUUGCUGUAAUGAUUUGACCGAAGCUCAAACACACCCCAGUCCCUCAAGAGGAGUUAACGCGGAAAAUUGAACGCGACGGAGCCGCCAGAGAGCUACCGACUUUAGCAACAAUGUCCAGCCGUCUGGCCUUUCAGACGCAGCUAGCCUCCAUUAUGGAGGUUCUGGCUAAUGCAGCAGUGGCAGAGAUUUGUAAACUGGUGGACGACGACUAUGCGGUGGUGAAUUUACAGAUGUCGCAGUGCCAGAGAGAGAACAAAGCCCUGAAAAGGAAACUGCAUCUGCUGGAGCUGAAGAUGGCCCGAGGAAACGCCGAGAGGAGGCUCCGUGACAGCGCCAUGAACAGCAGUCGACUGAGGGUGCAGAUAAACACAAGUGACAGGCUGCGAGGGUCCUUACCGUCCACCGAUGCUGUGUUUGAGCGACAGAUGGAUGUUCCUCUUUGGUCUGGCAGAGCUGCUGCUGGGGACACAGCUAGCAAGCUGAUCCAUGCUGAAAGCAUCCAGAGUAAUUCUCCAGAUGUGGAGCUGGUGGAGCCAGAGGCAGUACUGGUAAAGGAGGAGAAGGUGGAGGCAAACAUGUCACGGGGUGAAGGAACGGAGGAAAACGUGCCGCUUAUUGGAGAUGAUGUCCUGGUGGUGAAUGAAGAGCUCCUCUGUAACUAUGGCGGUGACCCUAACAUUCUGCUUGAUAUGCAUCAGCUGUCGUCAGUCCGACCUUAUGACAAUUUGUUAUACAUUUCUGGAGUAAUGGAGUGUGUGCCUCGUGGAGCUGCAGGACAAAGAGCCAGUAUUGAACAGCAGGACACCCAGUCCACUUCCUGCCAGUCGCAGUCCCAGAGCCAGAGCGGCAGGAUGAGGCGAAACGGCGGCAGCAGCAGAGGAGUGGAGAAGGAGGAGGAGCCAGAUGUGGUGCUGGUGAAGGUGGAGGAGGUGGAGCCAGUGACGGGGAGCCAGACAGGCCUCAGCAUACAGGAGGGGUUGGUGGAGUCGAGCACCGAUGACUACAGAGCAGGCAUGCCAUUUGAUGAAACCACACAUGUUUCCACAAAUCUGCCAUCUGACAUGCAGGAGUCUGGGCGGGGCUUCUCAGAGUCUGCAGCAGCUCAGUCACAAGACCCAAGCAGUAUAGUGGCAGUCCAGCUGAGGGUUCCAGACACCAACACACCAGCUAGCCCCAACACACAACAGCAGAGAUCCAAUAACAACAAUCCUCUGAGCUCUGAAUACACACUGUUUGAACUGGAGACAUUCUUCACCCGGUGGGCCCCUGAUGGUGACUCCGUAUCGACCGCUGGUGGCCCUUCAUGUUCUUUCACUGUGGAUGACUCCUCAGAGUGUGACCAGGAUGGAGUUAUUAUUGUGGAGAGUGAACUACAACCUCAGCAUGUGCUUCAGCCUCCUCAAGGCUCAGUUUCCUCAGCAGUGAGGAUGACUGGAGGGCAGAGUAUCUCCUCUGAAUCUGACCAUUCCAGAGUUCACACCCAGCCAUCGGUGUCACAAGCUCUGUCAGCAGGGACUGUGUCCAUACCUCUGAGGAUGCAGACUCCAUCUUCCCAGCCUUUAUGGAGCAGAACAUCAGCCAUGAUAAGAAGUGCCAAGGCUCAGCUGCUGCAGCAGCAUCGCAACACCAGCAGGAUGUCACAGCAACAACAGACCACACUGUCCUCCAGCACAGCUGCUGUCAGUAAUGCUGGCAGUGCUGAUAAAACAAGUAUCUCUGGUAUCAGCUCAAGCAGUAGGACUACGAACUCCACAUUUGCUCCACAGUCACCUUUACCUAUCAGGGGCACCACAGCAGUAUUGACCAGCCUCGAAGUGUCCAUAGCGGCACAGCAUCAAGCCAGCCUCUUGGCUCACCACAGUCAAAGCCAGGGUGCCAGCAUUGUUCCUGGUGAACGUCGCAGGAAGAGCUAUGUAUGCCGAUCCUGUGGCAAGGCAUUCUCCGGCCUUUCCAAUUUGGAGGCUCACGAGAGAGUCCACACAGGAGAGAAACCCUUUCGCUGUGACACCUGCGGGAAACGCUUCUCAGAGGCCGGAAACCUGAAGAAGCACCAGAGAGUUCACACAGGGGAGAAACCCUUCAGCUGUGACCAGUGUGGUAAGCGGUUCGCUUGGAUCUGCAACCUGAGGACACACCAGCAGUCUGCCACUGGCUGUGGCCCACAGGCCAGGGGAGGGUUAGGUCUAGGUUGAUCACAGUGUAGAUAGUAUGGAUAGACAGGACUGUUAUAGUUAAUACUAUUUAAUUCACACACACAGAGGUACAUUGUCAUUUCUUUAUUAUUAAAGAUAUAUAGUGCAUUAAAAUGUCUAGUAAUGGUGAGACUUAUAUAUUUUGUUCACUUUUGUUCUUACAUUAUCCCAAAUGUUUCCAACAUUGGUCAAACUCAGAGAGUUACACAAGUUUACUUAUGGUAACGGUGCACUUCAUUUGACACCUGACGCCUGACACUCUGACAUCCUGUAGAGUCAGAGAGUGAGGAUGAAGUCAGAGAAUGAGACCAAAUCUAACAUUAAUAAAACUGGAAAACAUUACCUUGUCCAUUAACAUGUGUGCCUGAGUCACAUAGCUUUUCAUCAGCAAAUGGUGGUAUGAUGUAUUCUUUACUAUUGUAUCAAACACUGCGUUGCUCUCUCUCCAUUCUCCCCUCUCCUGUAUGUAACGUUAUGUUCAUGAGAUGAAGUCAAUUUCCCCUCCAGUUCCAGUCCGCAGUCAACAUUACAGAACAUCAACACCAGAAAAUGGAGGUUACCUCCACAGAUGACUGCUGCAGUCAGGUUGAUAAACAGGACUAAAGAUAAAUUCACUUUUUAAUCCCAAAAGUAAUUUCUGAGUGCUCCUCCCAUUGGAUCAGAGCAAAAUCUGAUGUGAUUAUUGGUGUUUAUUCUUCCAGAUGGCCAUUCUCUGCAGUCGACUCUGAGGCUCUGAGCAGCUUAGCAGUAGCACUCCUUACACAACCCUUGGCAAAUAUAUUCUGUUUUGUUUUGGAUUGAGAGACCUUAGUUUUGAAUGAGAAAGACUUGGUUUAUUAAAUAGUGUUACAACAAUACAAAGUGUGACACUAAUGGAAAACUGUUUAGCUACAGAUCUGCAGUUACAGGACCAAACCUUUUUUAUGCUUUAGCUCACGCUAUAAUUCACGUGUACUCUAUAUUACUAGUGACCAUUUACCAAGGUAGGUCACAGUUUGUUAGAGAGUUUUGAAAGUGUUCUUCCAGGCAGUCACCUGUUUCAUCCAGUUUGUGGGAUUUAGUGACAUCUGGUGGUGGUGUUGCAGAUUUCAACCAUCUGAGUACCCCUCUGUCUGACCCUGCUCUUCCAAGAGAGUAGAAAACUUAAAAAUUGUGACAGACCCUCUCAAGACUCAGUGUUUGAUUUGUCUGUUCUGAGCUACUGGAAUCAUGAUGUUGCGACAUUACAGACUGAGGAAGGAUCCUCAACCUCUGUCCAUAAAAUGGUUUGUUGUCACAGAAACACUAACACUCGCUAAUCUUAGUUUAAGUUGAUUAUACACCAAUGUUUCUGCUAGUAGGUCUCCCUAAAUCCCACAGUCUGAACCUUUCAUGUUAAUUUGCUAAAUGUUAAUGAAAGCACAUCAGAAAUUCCAGUAGCCUAUGGUGUACUUUGGAAAAUUGUUGCUAGUAAUGUCAUUUAUACUUGACUUGUACUAAAAGUGAACUUUUUUUUUUCUGGUCUUUCUCUUACUUGUUCUCAGUUGUAGACAAAAACACCCUGGUGUUAUGCCACCACCAGUUCACCUCCCAACUGGAAACAGACAUUUCUUUAGUAGAAUUUGAUCUGAUAGCAUUUGGUUCAACAACAGACAAUAUGACUGGUCAAAAAGUUUGUGCAGAGGAUUAGAUGAAAAGAACAAAUAUUUCACAUGUAUUUUUUGACACUGUGAGAAUGCAAAUUGUUAAUGGUGCCAGCCCAAGCCGAAAUCUUGUCAUUAUAAUGACUCUGAAAGAUGUCAUGCUGAUGUGUUUUCAUUAAUGUAAUUUAUUGAUAAGCAAAAAUACGGAGACGUUAGUAUAAUUAUAAUUAUAACUAUGGUCACAAUGUGUCUGACAGUCCUGUACUUUUGUCCUUAUUUUUUGCUGUCUUCUUAUGUCCCACCAUACGAUGAGCCCUUUUCAGCAGCAAAGUCUGGGAACCAGUCAUUGACAUGUUUUUUUUUACUGUGGACACUAAAUAUAUUUUGUUCAAUGUACAAAGUUGUAAUGUUGAGAUGGUCUUCUAUCAUUAAUAGUCACAGAAAUUAAGUAAAAACUCCAUCCAUCAAAGUCCCAGCAUGUGUGUUGAGUUGAGCACCAUUAGUUGAGAGACCAAUAAUUCUUCAGCACUCCAGACUUACCACUACAUGUAAUGGUUUUGGUUUAAACAUCAGAAUAAAUGAGCCACAGUAAAAGGGAGGGUGUUUGUAGCUUAAUGCCAUGGGCUAGCAGCAUUGUCUGUGUAGUUAGUUUUCCUCUACAACUGAAGUGGCUUGUUUCUCAGUCACAAAAUGAUCUCAUGAUUGUUCACAGAUUUGCGCAUGGAUUGUGUGGAUCUGAAGCCAGCCUAUGUUUUACUUGUAUCAAUUACAAUUGGUCAAUUAAAAGCACAGAGAAAAAAAAGAACA